AUGCCCAUUGCCCCCCGAUGCCUGGCAUGGCUUGCGGCCCUGGCGGCUGUCACUGCAGCUGCCGGCGACCGAAGCAGCAAGUACUGCGUUGUAGGAGCGGGUCCGGCUGGCAUCCAGAUAGGGCACUUCUUGAAGAAUGCCAGCCUGGACUACGUCACCUUCGAGCGCCAGCUCCAGGCGGCGGCAUGGUUCCGGAAGUUCCCAAUUCAUCGGAAGCUGAUCUCGAUCAACCGCCGGAACACGCGGUCCACGAAUGUGGAGUUCAACCUCCGGCAUGACUGGAACAGCCUCCUCGACGUGCCCAUCGUGCCCUUCACCAACUGGACUGAGGAUUAUUUUCCUUCUGCCGAUGUCCUGGCGGACUACCUCCAGGCCGCCGCAGAUCUGCAGGGCGAAUCGAUCCUGUACAACCAUUCCGUCCGCAGAAUCCGACGGUCCGGUGCGGAGGGCCGCUCCGGUGGGUUCGAGGUGGCUGUGCAAGCGCCGUCCGGCAUCCUUAGCUGGAGAUGCACUGUGGUCAUCGGAGCCGUCGGCCUCUGGCAGGCGCAUGUGCCCAAAAACUGGAUACGCGGCAUGGAGCACACCGUCGGCUACGAGGAGUUAGCUCCCUGGCCCGGCGCCAGAGCCUUCGACGGGCUUUCGGUCCUCAUCCUUGGCAACGGGAACGGCGCCUUCGAAACCAGCGAUGCCGUGCGAAACUUCGCCGCGGACAUCGGAAUCCUCGGGCGUCGGGAGGAGCGCUUCGCCCACGAGACGAACUACGUGGGCGACGUGCGCGCGGCGCGGCUGACGUCCGUGGACUCACUUCAGCUGAAGUCUCUAGACGACGUGUUUGCACUGGCGCCGAACUCAGGUGCGCUCAUUGAGUUUCUUCCUUGCGCUGGCGCCGGACCAGGCACUGGCCAGGCUGGGAACGGCUGGCCAGAGAAGGCCUUCGACACAGAGCUGCGAGGGUUUCAGGGCCGCCCGCCCGUCUGCGCGCUGCCAGACCACGGCCCGAAGGAGUUCCUGUUGGCCGAUCAUGAUACGGAGAACCCAGCAGUGCAAGAUGCAAUGAGCAAGUGGGCGGAGCAUGUUCAUCUUCGUAACUACAGCAAGGCCUUCAAGUUUCAAUUCAAGAAGGCGCUGAAGGAGCUCGGCAAGCAGGCCAAGUACGCCGUGCCGGGCAUCGAGGACGUGCUUGCUGGGCGCACUCAGGUGCUGACCAUCAAGAAGUCCGUUGCGAGGAAGCUGGCCAAGGAGUCCGCCGAGUUCCGCGCGGCGCUGCCCGCGCUGAUGGCCAGCACCCAGGGCCUCUACGUGGAGCAUGACCGGCUCCGCAAGCCUUUCGACGUCGUCAUCCGGGCCUUGGGCUGGAGGAUGGAGCCGGAGCCUUUCGAGGAGCUCAACAUGCAGUUGGACUCGGAUGGGAAGUAUCCAGAAGUGGAUGCCUGCUUCGAGUCCACGGAGCCUGGCCUCUACUUUGCAGGAACUGUUACGCACGGCUUCGACAAGAAGCGCUUUGGCAGUGCUGGUGGCUUCAUCCACGGCUUCCGCUACACAGCCAAGACGCUCUUCCGCUGCCUGAUGCACCGGUUUGAGGAGAGGGCCUUCUGGCACGACAGCCAUCAGAGCUUCGACUGGCGCAGCCCGGGCGGUACCGACGGGAGUUGCGAGGUCGGCGCGGAGCCGGAGACCAAGAACAUCCAGCGCCUGCGGAGGAUCUUGGAGACGACCCCGCACUGGAAUCGACUCCUCACGCGCCUCAAUGAAGCCUCGGGGCCCUACCAGAUGUCCUGCGGGGCCCUGGUGGACGGCUUGGUGUACGAUCGGCAGCAGCUUCGAGUCGCGUAUUACCAGGACAUCCCCAUCGAUCUUCUCGAUGCUGAGUUCCAGCAGUUUCCGCGCGUGUACUUCCAGUUCCGCUACGGCAAGAGCACCUACCUCCAACGCUCAGACUUGCUCCGAACACGGCUGGUGGCGCACAAGUCGAGCUUCCUCCAUCCAGUGCUAUUCUAUGUGAUGCCGAACAAGAGCGCCGGGAAUGCGAAGCACUCCUCGCGCUUGCAUCUCGUGGAGGAUCGCUGGACGGACUGGACCGGUCGCGAAGAGGUGUUGUCGAUCCACUACUUCCUGACAGAAGUCGAGAAAUCCAUCUGGCAGGAUGUGAAGCCACCCAAGUUCCACGAAGGCAUCGACAACCUUAACCUCACUUGCAACCACUUCGACACAGAAGCGGAUGAGGAGCAAUAG